AUGACUGCUCGACCGACAACACCAAUGUCUCCAAAGACCGCCAAGGUCAAGUCGCCGGUCCCUGGAACACCCGUAUUUGGAUGCGAGCACAUCCAGCGGCUCUUCACACAGUCCCAGGACGUCACGACUCAGUCUGUUCACCACUAUAAGAUGAUCCUGAAGAAUAUCUUUGAGCAGACGCCCAUUGUGCCACAGACGUCCAAGAACUCAGAUGGUCAGGUUAUGACCUCCCUCACAUCCAACUAUCUCUGCCUGCAAUGCUCGACUAUUGUCAAUGAGGAGGACCGUCUAAAGCAUGGCACAAAGAAGCAGCACCGCUUCUAUGUUGAUUCACGGAGCGGCGCCCUCUACUGCCAGAUCUGUGAUGACUUGGUCUGGGACCCCACACUGGAAGAGCUUCGAGUGCGCAAGAUGGGAACCGGAACCUUCUCAAGUCGCAAGAGAAAACACGACGAGAUGUUCUCCGAUGGCGUCAAGGACAGCGCUGCAAACAACCCUGGCUUUAUCUCCAACAACACCACCACUGCCUCAUGCAAGGCAAACGGCCUGCGUGGUAUCUACAAUGCUGGGGCGACUUGCUACCAGAACGUGGUUCUGCAGAGCUUUCUCCAUAACCCCUUGCUGCGCAACUUCUACCUUAGCGAUGGCCACCAGAGUACUGACUGCUCACUGACCAACUGUCUGAGCUGCGCCAUGGAUGACAUGUUCCAGGACUUUUACGCCGUUGAGAAUACUAAUGGAUUCACGGCCGCGAGUAUUCUCUCUGGAUUCUGGAUAUCGGAGAAGAAGGCAUUCGAGAACCUUGUUACUACCAAGGAGCAGGACGCCCAUGAGUUCUUCCAAUUCCUCGCAGAGGAACUCCACGAACGCAACGGGGAUGGCAAGAGGCCUGAAACCGGCAGCGAGCACACGUGCAACUGCAUCAUCCACCAGACGUUUUACGGCAAGCUGCAGAGCUCUACGACCUGCCAGAACUGCGGGGGUGUCACCAACGCCGUGCAGUCGUUCCUGGAUCUCAGCCUUGGGCUAGAGAACCUGUCCCACAAGAGAAAGAAGGGAGGCCCCAAGGUGCCCAGCCUGACCCUCCAGGAAUGUCUGGAUGAGGAAUAUGUCAAGUCGGACAAGUGCGAGUACCGAUGCCACAACUGCAGCUCGAUGCAGCAGGCGAAGCGAGCGACCAGCAUUAAGAGGCUGCCAAACCGUUUCGAGUACAAGCAGGGUCGCCAUGAUCGCGCGCCCUCAAAAAUUGACACGGUCGUUAAUUUUCCCUUGCAGCUCAACAUGCUUCCAUACACAACCAGAGGCAGAGGCGCGGAUCCCAAGGACGCGUUUGAGCUCGGAAGAUCCUGCACCUACGACCUUCUUAGUGUUGUGGUUCACGUUGGCGAGAUCGAUACCGGUGACCAAUGGUUCAAAUUCAACGACCACAAGGUCGAGAUGGCACCCAAGUCGGACGUGCUCAGUGCCCAGCCAUACCUGCUCUUCUACAUCAUCCGCUCCCUUUCGUAG